UGCGUUUUAGACAGUUAAAUUAAUCUAGUGCAUUUCCAUUAGGAAAUUAGCAAGGCAGUGCUUGUCAGCCCUAACUGCAACUCUAUUGAAUUAGCUACAUUGUAAUUUUUGGAUCCAACGUGUUAUUAAUUUGCCGCAACAUGCUCUAAGGUCUAUUUCAAAAUGAAGAUACAGAUUCUCAGGGGAAACGAAACUCUGGAUAUAGUUUAGUUUGAUUAUUUAAACUUCACUGUAUUAUCCCGACUUCUGGGGUUUAUCUGCUGAAUGAGUAAUGGAUAACUAUUCCCGGUAUGGACAACUUUUAUUUACUUUAUCUGUAUUUCUGUGUUUGCUGAACAGUCGAGGAGGAACACGGUUUAAUGAUAGCCAAUAAGACAUUUAUUACGGUUGGUGACAUUUUAAAUUACCCCUGAUGACACCUUAUUCAGAACGGUCAGAUUCGGCCAACGUUGUAGGUUUUAGAAAAGGCUUUUGGACACGGUACAGAAUGGUGACCAGCGUAGAUGAUAUAAAAUCCCUGAGGUUCUGGAAAGCAGUCAUUGCAGAAAUGAUAGGAACGUUGCUCCUUGUGAUGAUAGCAUGUGGAUCGUUUACUGCUUGGGAAGAUCCAAAUAAAGACAACCAUAUCUCAAAUGCGGGAAGAAUUAUUCAGAUUUCGCUCUGUUUCGGGCUCGGAGUUGCUACAUUAGUUUGGGUUUUCGGGCAUGUUAGUGGCGGCCAUCUUAAUCCAUCUGUUACCAUGGCAUUCUUCAUCACUCGUCGUAUUAGUCUUGCAAGAGCUGUCAUGUAUGUAAUUGGACAAUGUGUCGGCGGCAUGAUUGGAGCAGGACUUUUGAAAGGAGUGAUGCCAUCAAACUACACCGGUAAUCUUGGUGCGACAACCUUACAACAUGGUAUGAACGGAGGGAAAGGUUUUGGUGUCGAGUUCUUCAUCACCUUUGUAUUGGUAUUGACGGUGUUUGCUUCUGCGGAUAAACACCGGAAGGAUUUGAGGGGAUCCUUUCCACUUUCGAUUGGGUUGGCUUAUACCUUCUGUCACUUAUUUGCAGUUCCAAUGACUGGCGCCGGUAUGAACACAGCCAGAAGUUUUGGUGCAGCUGUUGUUUCUGGAGUUUGGUCAAGUCACUGGGUAUAUUGGUUGGGUCCACUUCUUGGCGGGAUUCUGGCUGGUCUGAUGUAUGAGAAUUUGUUCGCUGCCAAUGCCUCUCUGAACAAGGCAAUGGAGUUUCUAUUGGCCAGUGACUAUGACACAGAGAAACAUCCGGGGAAGAAAGCUAAAAUUAGAAUCAUACACGAGGAAGACAUCGACGAGAAAGAGAAGGAAUUCUGUGAGCUUCAGUCUCCUGAUACACCAAUUGCUCAUGUUAUUACGAAUCCUUGAUUUUAGAGUAAAAAGAUUUCUUAAAUGGAAAAAA